AUGGCGUAUGACAAGCUCAAGAAAAUGGCCGGCAAGAAAAAGAAGAAAUCAUUUCAGACACACCUGCAUUCCGCGACGACGGUUGAAGACAUGAUGGACUGCCUCCAAAAAGCUUAUGACAACCACAAAAAGCGGGCAUCCUUCAAGUUGCUGGCUCAGUUCCAGAAGCACUCGGAGUGGCUGGGGAAGCUUUUCGAGGCUAUUGAUGGUGUCGUUCAAGCGAACACUGCAAUUCCAUGUUCUAUCUGGUCGCCGUUGCGGUUAUGCUUGCAGGUUUCCAAUUGCCACUCGAUCAUUGCCGAGCAAUUAGUUGUCAUGAUUGAUACAAUUCAUCAAACCAUGGGUCGUAUCAAUAUAUACAAGCAAUUACCACCGAACCCGGCGCUUUACACUGCCCUGCUCAGUGUAUUCACUGAUGUUGUCAACUUCUGCUAUAUCUCCCUCGAUUUAUUCAACCACAGUGUGUUUGUCCGUCUUUUCAAGCUUCUCGUUAGCCCGGCAAAGAAGAAGUUCCAAGGUGUUAUUGAUGAUCUACGACGCCAUACCGAACACCUGGACCUCACUGCGAAUGCCGUAGAACACAUGGAAAUGAGGCAAUUCAGAGAAGAGGCCCGGGUAGAAUCCCGGCUGGAAAACUGGCUCCGAGCAUUGGACUCUCCUAACAUGAGGCAGAGGAAAGAGGAUAUGCUCAAAGACCAGGUGAAAGGCACUUGUGAUUGGAUUUUGUCACACGAAAACUUCAAAACCUGGAAGACGACAAAGGAUAUUCGAGAGCGACUACUUUGUGUUUCCGGAAAAAGCGGUUGUGGAAAGAGCUUCCUUGCUGCAUCAGUCAUCGACCACCUGGCUGCAGAAGCUCAAAACAACAGGAUCUUCUACUUGUUCUUCUCGGAGAAAGGCAAUAAGUACAGAGCCCCUGAAGAUACCUUGGCGCGAUCCGCUCUGUCACAGAUUCUUCAAGAGCUUCAGGGAGACCAGCGCGAAGUCGAGCUCGCUUCGUUGUUGGAUCAGAUGAAUAAGUUCAGCGAUCCUACGACCACAGAUCUUUGGAUGACAGUUCUGAAAGCCAUGGAAAGCUCUCACGAGCCGGCAUUCUGGGUCAUUGAUGGCCUCGACGAAUGCCUGGAUGGACAAAGCCCUUUGGGCGACGAACGCAAACUUGACGAUGCGAUAACAAGGCUGAUGGGAUAUUUCACGGAGCUUCUGACGAGACAUGCCCCCUCUCGGGUGAUGGUACUUGGACGGCCGCAUGCGGUGAAUGCCAUGAAGGAAGAAAAGCUUCCAUAUUUGUCGAUUGCCAUCGACGACAACAUGAUCGUCGACGAUCUCAACAGAUACAUUGAGGCGAAGACAAGAGAGAGUUCAUUUUUGGGCCAAGAGACACAAAAACGUCUCCUCCAAAAUAUCAGCAAGACUUUUCUUGAGAAGUCACAAGGCACCUUUCUCUGGGUGCAAUUGGUGAUGAGCGAUAUCCAGACUUGGGCGUCCUCUGAUGAGGUUGACUCCGCACUCUGCACCCUACCGAAUGGCCUGAGGGCCAGAUACAACCAGAUGGCACGGAGGCUGGAGAACUCCAAGGCGUAUGACAUUGAAGUUGCCAACCAGAUUUUCGGAUUUCUUACCACGGCCGGAAGACCAUUAGAUGUUGAAGAACUUCAAUACGCGCAGGGGAUGGCCCGCUGGAUAGAGAAGAAGGCAAAAGGGAAGGCGACCUUGAAAGAGUGCCUCAUCUAUGGACCAGAGAAGAAGUUUCUGGACCUCUGCGGAGGAUUCGUCCAUAUCCAGCAUGGCAAGGUCAUAUUUGUGCAUUUAUCUGCAAAGGAAUACUUGCUGGAGUUUGCCGUGGAAACCAAAUUCAAGGUUGAUCUCAUCGCUUCGCACGAACUUUUCAGCAAAUCAUGUUUCGAUUUUGGCUUCUUGCAUGGCUUGGAAGAGGACUUGACGAUUUUUCUGAGAGGGCUGCAGUCAAGUGAUCUCAGGAAAUUGAGCGCCGUACCCUGGGAUACCGCCGUUUCCAAAAUCAGCCGAGACUUCUAUACAAGAAGCCAGACACCAAAGCUACAUGGUGCCAAAAGCCAGAAUAUGGAAGUUCUUGAUUCCCUCCUCGAUAUGCUGUCAAACAAAGACUCAAUAAGCGAUACAGACGACGAAGACGCGCUUGAAUCAGAUUAUCCCACGCCGCCGGUUACAAGUAGGCAUGAUGAGGCGCUACCAAUUUUCAUGACCGCGAAAAGGAAUCUGCGGGAAGACAAUAGCCUUUUCAAAUAUUGGGUCGGCCUAGCUCUCGUGCAGCUGGGCGAGUCAGAAGAAGCAGAACCGCUUCUUCAAGAUGCUGUUUCAUCAUCGAAUCCGGUCAUGAGAAUUGCUGAACACCGGCAAUGGCAGAUACUUUGGCUCGGCCGUUCCCUUUUUAACCAGGUGAAAUAUGACGAAGCCGAAGAUAUGUUCAGACGAGGCAUUUCCGAAGGGCAAUCUCCACCAAAUUCCGCAACUUUGUGUAACACCUUUUGGGUAGCAAGAACGCUUUUCUGCCAGGAACGGUAUGAAGAUGCGGCACAGCUGUUUAUCUGGAGUGCUGAUGAGCGAAGGAAAAGACCCGAGAAGAUGACUCGUGGGUUUUCCUUGUAUGGAUCAUUCGCCGGAAUCGCCUGUGUCUUCUCGCAGAAGUACGCUUUAGCCGAAGAGACUCUCAAGAAGCAUCUGGAGUUCAUUCAGAGAACACUCAAAGGCGUCACUAGCGCGGAAAUGAACACGCGGGUGUGGCUGUGCAGGGCGCUGAAAUUACAAGAGAGGUAUCUCGAAGCCGAAUCAAUACUUCGACCCGUCAUUCAACAGCUGAAAGAUCUGGAACUUCUCGACUUUACUGGUGAAAGCCUAUAUGAGACUGCAAGCACAGAGUCCGACAACGGAAGCGACUAUAGAGGAAGCUCGGAAGAGACAUCUAGUGACAUAGGGGAAGAAAGCACUUCUGAAGAAGACUUCACUGGCAGCGAUGGCGAGGAAGACGACGACGUCGGCAACUACAUGGAUCAGGACGAGGACGAUGCAAGCCAACAUGGCAAACAAGUUAGUAGAGUAGCUAACCCUUACAUUUACAGCGGUCGUUAUGCUUAUGACUAUGAGGAGGAUGGGUACGACAUAUCCUGGGACUAUCGGGAAAUAGGUGAAGAGCUCUGCAGAAAUGGCCACCCAGUCCUGGCCAAAGAAGUCUUUGAUCUUCUCGGGAUUGAUGCAGAGGAAAGGGCAGAAGCAGAUUGA